ACAUCUCUCCAAACGCCCAUCAAAGUUUCAGCAGAGCCGGGCAGAGAGGAAUCAGUCCACAUGACGGAGGCCUGUUAGAGACAUUCAGGACGCGCUUGGGGUUUUGGACAUACAGCCGGACAGAGAUGGAGGCACUUCUACUGAUGACUUUUGGUGCAGUUUGACCCUCUUGUCAAGCCACUCCGAAGCCCGUCGUGCGCAGUUUUUCUCCUCCUUUCAGCGGCCGAGCGAGGGAUGGAGCAAGCCCCCAGCGCGCCGAGCCCCCCUCCAAAACCGGUMCACCACGAACCCAUCAGCUUCGGCAUCGAUCAGAUUCUGGGAGCCGGGACAGAGGCGGAGAACGAGCGCGCGCCAGGGAGRCAAAGUGGAUCCGAUUUAAGCGGCGGGGACGCUUUUUACAGCUUGGGGAACCCGACGGGGGCCAACGCGCCCUCGUACACCGCGCUGUCCAUCUCCCUCUCCGGUAUCAUGCCUCCGGUGGAGGCUGCAGGUUCGUACGGAGAAACCAGGAGUCUGGGAAGCCGGGGCGUGAUACGGGUCCCGGCUCACAGACCCGUGGCAGCCCCGGGACCCCCGAACCCGGUCCAGAGCGCUGUUCCUGGGUUUGGAGGACUGUGCUUCCCCUGGAUAGGAAACAGGUUCGCCAAGGACAGAAUAUCAGCGGCUCUGGUGCCGUUCGCUGUCACGCGGCGGAUAGGACACCCCUACCAGAACCGGACGCCCCCCAAGCGGAAAAAGCCCCGAACCUCGUUCUCCAGGGUUCAGAUCUGCGAGCUGGAGAAACGCUUCCACCGGCAGAAGUACCUGGCCAGCGCCGAGCGCGCAGCUCUGGCCAAGAGUCUGAAGAUGACGGACGCUCAGGUCAAAACCUGGUUCCAGAACCGCAGGACCAAGUGGAGGAGGCAGACCGCCGAGGAGAGGGAGGCGGAGCGGCAGCAGGCCAAUCGGCUCAUCCUGCAGCUGCAGCAGUCCGCCCUCCAGAAGUCCCUGAGCGAAUCAGCGGCGUCCGACCCUCUGUGCGCCCACAACUCCUCCCUGUACGCCCUGCAGAACCUGCAGCCCUGGGCCGAGGACAGGGAGUGAACAACUCUGAUUCUUGUCAGGACAGAGGAACUUAUCUUCAUAAAUCUGAGCAGAAAAAAAACUGAUAACACCCCUCUGAGUGGAUUUUUUUUUUAAAAC